GGGAGGGUGUUGCCUAGCUUCUCAGGUAACUUAGAGAGACGAACAGAAAUUCAAAUUCUGCUGAGAAAUAACGAAAAUUAAUCAAAUUUUAAUUAAAAUUUUAUCAAAGGAAACAGAAAAUCUAUGAUUGCGAAGGAAGCCAUAGCUAAGUGACUCGGUGCCUCGAAGCGGUCUCGGAGUUGAAUCGGUGAACGAUUGUGGGAGGAAAAACACUACCACACACAACUCCAGCGUUUUUGGGACGAGAUUGAGCGGGAAACAGAGCUAAACCCGGCGAAAUAGGCGAGUUCAAAAUGACGGCGAGCGAAACCACCGGUGGCGACGAAGGUGUGGCUACAUCGCCGAGGAAUAAGGUGAAGUUUCUGUGCAGCUAUGGCGGGAAAAUAGUGGCGAGGUCAGGCGAUGCGAACCUCAAGUACGUUGGAGGAGAAACUCGUGUGGUGGCUGUCCCUCCGGAUAUCAAUUUUUCAGAAUUAAUGAAGAAGCUUAACACUCUGGUUGAAGGGGACAUGAUUCUGAAAUACCAGGUCAUCCCUGAGGAACUUGAUACCUUGGUAACUGUAAGAUCCGAUGAGGAUCUUAGACACCUGGUUGAUGAGUUUCAUCGUCUUGAAAGUGAAGGGACUCCAAAGCUUCGUGCUUACUUGUUCCCCUCGAGUCCGAUUGUGCUCGAGAACCAGAUGAACCCUGUUGACCCCCAUGCCAUUGAGCAGCGGUAUAUCGACGCCGUCAAUGGAAUAGUUCGUCCGGGUCCAAACACUAGCGGAAGGCUCACCCCUGUCAAUGCAAACCGCCCCAACUUCAGCGUCUCUGCUUGUUCUUCCCCUAAUUCGGCUUCUCCUGAUGGUAAAGCUAUUGAUUCUUUGCCUUCAGAGUCACCAUUGUUGAGUGGAUACCAUCGUAAUAGACCCUUCAUGCCUAAAGUCCAGAGUUCUCCCAGCCUUUGCAGCCUUAGCACACCCCAUAACCAAAGCAACAACCAUAGCAAUCACCAAGCUUACCAGCCUCAUUAUUACUACCACCAAAAUCACCAGCAACUACAGCCAUACAGCGUUCAAUCUCCAAGACAACCUCAAGAUUUUCGGACUGAAAGGCCAUCGGGGCCACACGACUUUGGGUGGGGUGCUAUCAGGCAACGUCAUGGUCCAACAAACCAUGUCUACUCAUUAGGUCGACACAAUUGGGGGUAUGGAUGCGGCAGUUGUGGUUGCUACGAUGAGUGCUUGGUUCAUGCAAGUGCAAGGUUUAUUAGAGGAAGUAGCGUUCCUGCAAGUGGACGGCUUGAAAAGGCUGAUAGUCCCAGGAACCAUAUUUGGGAGUAAAGCAUUGGAUCCGAUACCAUACUGACCAUCCGAGUGAAGAACACAAAGAUGGAUGUAUAAUUUUUUUUUCUUUUUUACUUUUUGGUUGGAUAGGGUGGAAUUCCUUCAACCAAAAAGGUAUAGAUAUGGUAUAGAAGAUUUCAUUUUUCUUCAUUCUAUACAUAACUGGUGUUGAUUUUCCAUUUUCUUUUACCCUCACUUUUGUUUGAAUUUUGAUUGCCAUGAAGUACUAUACAAAGUUAUGGCUAAUAUCUGUGAAGAAACUAUGUACAUAUCUACAGAAAUGUAAAAUCGAAAAGAUGACUUCCUAU